AUGGAUCAAGUAUAUUCAGUGGUAUGAUCCUCAGAACAGCCCAGUUGGAGUCAAAUGCAUAAAUUAUCAUGAAGUAAAAGAACUUCGUUGUGUAUUAAUGCUCAAGGGGUUGACUUUAGCACAGUUUGGAAAUUACACUUGUGAGGCAGAAAAUGAUUACGUUGGAUAUUGCCGGCGAAAAACUGUCGAAAUCGGCCAAGGUAAGCAACAAAACUAACCUUAUAUCCUCCAGAAACAAAAUAAAGCGGUUACCAGACGUUUCGUACCACCAAAGUCGAUUCGUACCAAGUCAGUUGAGUCGUUUCGCAUCCGUACCAAAAGCGAUUUUCGAAACAACAGUAGCCUGAAGAGCAACGCAGGACGACCCAUUCCUUCUGGAACCCACGCGUUAUCUCAUCAGCUGUUCUAAAACGUUUUGUUACUUUGAUUUGCUUCUCGUCACAAGGAACUAUUUGCAUAAAUUAAUGACAAAAAUUGGAGUGAAAUUUAACAAGAGUCGGGGAGUGAUCUUUUCCUUAUUUGCUUACUUCUAUAAGCCUUUUCCGGGUAGUUUCUAAUUUCAAUUUUACGCGCCUUGCCAUUCAAAUCAGCUGUCAUGAUACUUCAACUUGAAAGGGACUUCUAAAUGUUGGUAAGUAGAGAAGGGAAUGUGGCCGAGUGUUAGGUGCAUUAAACUGCGCGUUGGUAUUUACCUUCUAUGUACUAACUUCCUCUCCAUUAAAAGAAGACAUGCUCCUUGUCGCUUAGUCCUGAUAAACCUUACAGCUGGUUCUCACUUGCGACGGAGAAGGAGUCGGAUUUAUAAUCAUGAGCAAACUAUACGAUCAAGUGAAAAUCAAACCGACAGAAUCAGAAGAAAAUACCGUUACCACUUACGACUCCACCGCUUACGAUCCUUUGAAGAAUUGUCAAAUACGUAAGCGGAAGACUGUACUGGAAGGGCCUGAGAACUGGCAUGUGAUUGGUUGUUUUUUCCGAUUCUGCUCGCGACUGCAACAAUCUAGUUUUCACCACGGAAAAAAUGAAACCGUUCUGAUUCUUCUGAGUCCCAUUCUGUCGAGCUUUUGACUCCGCUUAUGAUUCUGCUUUUCAGUUUUCAGUCGCUCCGACUCUAACCCCGUCGCCAGUGAAAACCAGCUUUUAGUAAGAGCACUCUAAAGUAGCGACCAAAUAACACGGACAACAAGAAAUGAACAAGCAUGUAUAAAAUGGACUCCACAUGGAGAAAUCGCAAGGCUGAAUAUUCCAAGAUGUAUAAAACGUGACAAAGCCCGCUUUUUGUUUGUAGAGUUUCCCUUUUCCUGUUUUAUGUGCCACCCUCAGUUUCCAAAAAUAUUUUAUGGGCUCUCAAUUUUUUAUUAUGUUCUCCCAACACAUUUUUCACUGUUAUCUGGGAUUGUCGGUGUCAGCUUUCCUGGCACCAGAGACUGUCGAAGAUCCAAAGAACCAAACCGUCGUUGUUGGUUUCAACGUAACCUUGAACUGCACCGCCAAAGGUUCUCCCAUGCCAUCCAUCACAUGGAUAAAGAACAACGAUCUACUUGCUGUACAAUCCAGCCCGAGAGUAAAAGACAUCGAGGCUGUCCUGGACGACAAACAAAUUCAUAGCCAACUGGUAAUAGAAGAUGCAAAGAAGAACGAUGAAGGAAAAUAUCACUGCGUUGCAAAUAAUACUGCGGGAGAAAAAGCAUCCAACCUGGCUUUCUUGUUCAUAAAGGAUUUAGGUGAGACGUAUGCUGUAUAUUUCCUCUUAACUUGGCAUCAGGUUUUAUUAGCGAACGACAAUUUUUUUCAUCAGAGAAUGAUGAAAAAAACUUUAAAGAAAUUUUGACAAAAGGGAAAGUGUUUUAGAAUUCACAAAAUUUAAGUUCUCUUUUUAAAUUUGAAAAUCCUUAAAUAAUGCACGGUAUUUCUCUCUCUCGUUCCUUUCAUUUCUUUUUAUCUUCUCCCAACACAUUUUUUACUGUCAUCUGGGAUUGUCGGUGUCAGCUUUCCUUGCACCAUAGACUGUCGAGGAUCCAAAGAACCAAACCGUCGUUGUUGGUUUCAACGUAACUUUAAACUGCACCGCCAAAGGUUCUCCCAUGCCAUCCAUCAGAUGGAUAAAGAACAACGAUCUACUUGCUAAACAGUCCAACCCAAGAAUAAAAUACAUUAAGACUGCCCUGGACGACAAACAAAUUCAUAGCCAACUGGUAAUAGAAGAUGCAAAGAAGAAAGAUGAAGGAAAAUAUCACUGCGUUGCAAAUAAUACUGUGGGAGAAAAAGCAUCCAACCCGGCUUUCUUGUCCAUAGAGGAUUUAGGUGAGACGUGUGCUGUAUAUUACUUCUUAACUUAGCUCCAGGCUUUAUUAUGGAACGACCAUUUUUUUCUUUGGAAAGGGAUGAAAGAAACUUUACAGAAAUUUUGGCCAAAGGGAAAGUGCUUUAGAAUUCUCAAAACUUAAGCAUUUAUUGAAUAUCCACAAAUAAUGCAGAGUACUUCCCUUUCAUUCCUCUCUCCGGGUAUCAACAUUUUUUUUUUCAUUUUUUUUUGUUUCUCGUAUUUCUUUCACAUCUUUGCUUUCAGACAACUGGGCGAGGAUUUUUGAGGAUCCGGUGAACCAAACUAGCAUGAUUCGUUGAAUUUACUUACAGUCUAUCGCGCUGCCAACAAUAUACCUGGGGCGCAGUUUUCCACGCCAUGUGCGUUGCUUACGCGUCGUUUGUAGUUUUUUUGCCGUUUUUUGUCAAGGUUAGUUUUAAGCUAAGGAUUUUGAGCUUAUCUUGUAAGAAGAAAAACCUUCGAAUCCUCGUAUUGUAAAUCGUUGUUUACAAGAAUAUAUGGAUUCUGGACGCAUACAGGUUGUUGUGUCGUAUUUAUUUUCGCCAAGCGUAGCUGGCCCCUACAUAAUUCAAAGUUAGAGUUCCUAAGUCAAGAUCUGUUUACAAGAGUAGUUCGUAAAGAGCUGACCAGACAAAAGAAAAGAAAAUCGGCCAGUAGUUUGAAGUUGUCUCUGAAGAAUCGCAAGUAUAGUAACUCGACAUAUUGCUGA